UAUUAAGCUUUAUACAGUUUGCUCGUGACCAUAAGUCAUGUCAACUAUGAUUAUAAUUUUAAGAAACAAACGAAACAUUUUUAAUAACUAUCAUGCAAUAUUAGGAAACAAGAUUUGUGCCCGAUAUGAACACGCAAUAAAUAAAAAUGAAGUUGUCUGUCUGAAGAGAUUCCAUGAUAUACCUGGCCCGAAAUGUUACCCUCUUAUAGGGACAUUACACCAGUAUCUGCCAUUUAUAGGUGACUAUGACGCUGAGGCAAUGGACAAGAACGCCAUGUUGAAUUGGCGUCGGUACGGACCACUCGUGCGAGAGCAUCCAGGUGUGCGUCUCCUUCACCUGUUUGACCCUGAAGACAUCGAAGCAAUCUUCCGCCACGAUGACCGGUAUCCUGUCCGACGAAGCCACCUCGCCAUGUUCAACUAUCGUACGAAUAAACGGAAUGUGUAUAAUACCGGCGGCCUUCUAUCCACUAAUGGAGAAGAAUGGUGGAAACUUCGAAGCACGUUCCAGAAAAAUUUCACUUCCCCAAAAAGUGUUAAGGUGCACGUCGAGAACACAGAUCAAAUUGUACGAAAACUUGUUAAAGCAAUAAAGGAAACUUAUUGCAACGGCGACGACUUUUUGAAGUACUUAAACAGAUUAAAUUUAGAAAUUGUUGGUGUUGUAGCGUUCAAUGAAACAUUUGAUAGUUUUACGACUCUUGAGCAAAAUAAAGAUUCUAGAAGUAGUAAAACAAUAGCUGCAGCAUUUGGUUCCAACCAUGGCAUCAUGAAGCUUGACAAAGGAUUUCUAUGGAAAUUCGUAAAUACGCCUUUAUACAAGAAGCUUGUGGAAUCGCAGGAGUAUUUGGAAAAGGUGGCAAAAGACAUUUUAAUCAAGCGAAUAUCGUUUUACAAACAGAAAGAGGAAGGACAAGACAACUGUUUAUUAAAAUCUUUCUUAAAUGAGCCAAAUAUUGAUAUGAAGGAUAUCACAGGAAUGAUGGUAGACAUCCUGAUGGCUGCCAUUGAUACAACUGCGUUCUCAACAAGUUUUGUAUUAUAUCAUUUAGCGCGAAAUAAGGAAUGUCAGGACCGGGUCUAUAAGGAAAUUUUAAGUCUGUUAGCAUGCAAAGAUUCCAAUAUAACGCCUGAAAUUGUAGCAAAAGCAAAUUACACACGAUGUUGUGUAAAGGAAAGCUUGAGAUUGAACCCUGUCGCUAUUGGAGUAGGAAGGGUUUUACAAAAGGACAUUGCUCUCAAAGGAUAUCUCAUUCCUAAGGAUACUGUUAUAGUAACUCAAAACAUGGUAGCUUCAAGAUUACCCCAGUAUGUCAAGAACCCUUUAAUCUUUAAGCCUGAAAGAUGGCUGAGAAGUUCUCCCGAAUACGAAAAUAUUCACCCAUUUUUAUCUUUACCUUUUGGUUUUGGUCCACGUUCUUGUAUUGCAAGAAGACUUGCAGAACAAAAUAUAUGUAUUACUAUAAUGCGGCUGAUACGGGAGUUUGAAAUUGGUUGGAUGGGUGGAGAGCUGGGUAUUCGAACUCAUCUGAUAAAUAAACCAAAUAAUGCAGUUACUUUAUCAUUCUCAUCUAGAGAUUCUUUUUGUCAUAAUAGAGAGAAAAUGUUUAUGCCGAUGAAAUCUAAUUAAUAAAUAAAGAAGAAAGUAUAGUAUCCAAAUAAUUUACUUAAUUGCCUUAAAGUUAUUUAUAAAUAUUAAUAACAUAAUUAACUUAUAUUUUUACAAUUGAUAUAUCUUAUAAUACAGGAACUAAAUGUGGAACUGGUCUUUCAAAUAUCAUAUCUUUACGCAUUUUUGGUAGUACGCGUUCUAUAACUAUAUCAUCAACACAGUCUUUAUUUCUCUCAAAAUUUGGUAUUGACGAAAUAAUAUACUGUGGUAUAGAAGGAAUUUCAAUGGGUAAUUUUGAUGUUUCGAUGUGAGCCAUUAAAGAAGGAACAAAGAAUCGGUUUUGUUCAAUGUACAAGGGUUGAUGCAUUUCCUGUAGUGUUAAUAUUGGUUGUUCAGGUGGGCAUGGAAUAUCAUUGUUUUCAGACUCAAUAAUGUGUUUUUCCUCUACUAUUAUUGGCAAUUUUGGUAUCUCCAAAGGCGCCAAAACUGGUGCAGGUGGAAUAUUUUGCAUUUGAUUUCCAACAACUUCAGUUUCUUCAAUGAUGACAUUUGGUUCUUCCAUCUCUACAAAAACAGGAGGAACAACUGGAACAAGUGGUUCACAUGGUAGCUCCGCAUCUAUUGGAACAUUUUCUACCACUAAGGGUAACUUCGGUAUUUCCAUUGGAGGUAAAACAGGACCAGGAGGAAUAACUUUGAUUUCCUUUGACUCCUCCACUUCCACAAUCACUGGAUUAUGCUCAUAUGGCAAUACAGUUUCUUCUACCAUUACUUCAAAGUUUGGUCUUUCAAGAGGUGGUAAAACAGGACCUGGGGGAAUCAUAAGCGGUACCUCGUAUUCAUUUUUAUCUUCAACCAUGGUUACUUCAACCGGAAGAGGAAGUUUCCCUGGUUUCUCUAUUUCUACGACAGUAGUGAUGGGAAUUUGAUGUUCACAUGGAAAUUCUGCAACUAAUUCUUCUUUUUCCAAUACAGGUAACUCGAUUGGGCGUAGCACAGGAGCGGGCGGGAUCACAACUGGAACUUCAACUUUGUUAGCUUCUUCUAUCUCCACGUAAACAGGUUCUUCAGCUACUACUGGAGUUUCUACUAACAAAGUAGGUAGUUUUGGCAGUUCCAUUGGUGGUAAUACUGGUGCAGGAGGAAUCACAACUGGCUUCUUUGGUUCUUCUAUUUCCAUAAAAACUUUCUCGGGAAUUUCAAACAUAAAAGGUCUUGGUGGUUCCGGAAUACUCAAUGGUUUCACUUCUUCGACCAAUGUUACUAAUUCAGGUUUUGGAUAUACUUCUAGUAAUGAAGAAAUUUCUUCUGCAGGCUUGAUCUCAGUUAUCUGUUCAAUUUUUGUAAAUGGUCCACUGAUCUCUUGUUCUACUACACGAAGAGGCUCGUCAACAACCACAGGAGCGACUAAAGGGUAAUCUGUUUUGCAAUCAUCAUUUUUAACAGCAGCGAUCAAAGAUUGUACUUGUGGAGGCAUUUUGUCUGCCGAUAGCAUGAACUGUGGUUUGAAAAAGACAUUAGUUCCUUCUUGGAUGUAAUUUUCUAUAAUUGAUGACCGACUUGAAGAAGGUAAUAACUUUGCUCUAUCGUGUGAUCCAUGUUUAUGUUUGCUUAUAACGAUUUCCGUUGGAAUAGAUGGAAGGAACGGGCCGGCAGACACUAAUGUUCCUAAGAGGAACAAAGAAGCUCCUGACAGUAUCUAAAAAGGAAAGAAUUUUAUUAGUUUAUGAUACAUUCGUAAGUUAAGAUUGUGGUUUUAUAUAUUUCUGUUUCAUGCAUAUUACUGCUAGAUUUAUAAAUUUAAACAAAAUUUUAAUAGAAAAAAUACUCUCAGUCCAGGCAACAGACGGGAUUCGAACCCGUACCCUCCUCUAUCGGGGUGGAAGUUUAUAUUGUUUUAAUGAUUAAUUGUGCAUGUUAAUAACAUUUAUUAAAAAAAAUAUGGUUUUUAUUUAUAAUCGAAUACAAAGUUAUUCCAUAACUGGAAUCGAAUUCUUCGUAUUAAAAACAAUUGUAAUAUAUAAAAAAAUAUGAUAUAAAUGAGCAAAGAAUAAAACUUAGACUGUUUUAUUCUUUGCACAUUUAUAUGAAUUUUACUUUGACGAAUUAUUUCUUACCAUGUUUGAUAGAUCGUUGUUUACCACUGAAUGAUUUUACUUAAAAAAAUAGGCCAAUAUAUACCCGUAUAAUAGUAAAUUGUUAAAACUCUAUUAGAACAGGUUAAUCGGGAUUCUGUGUACUUGGCAAUGAAAAUUAACAAUAACUAAUUAGCAGGAUAAUUAGUAGGGUCCAGAUACGUCAAUGGGUCUAGGCCAUAAUCACAGCUUAACCUGUUAGAGACAGUUCAAAUUAAAUGUAUUUAAAGGUUGACUGCUAGUCGUAAAGUCAUCAUUUCUUUCAAAGGGUCCGAAGAAAAACAACAAUGAACAAGGUACUGACACUUAUUGUCGUCUUCGCCGUCGCUUACACCUCGGCGGCUCCUUCCGCCGAUGUAAGGCGAUUGCCAGCUCUUCAUCACGAGGAGGUCCAUGAUGAUUUCGGUCAGUACGCUCUACGGUACUACACGGCUGAAGGCACAUUCGUCUCUGAAAGAGGACAUUUGAUACCGACUGCCGACGGCAGGGACCACGUGAUGGCUGUAGAAGGUGAAGUGUCCUACAUCGGGGCUGAUGGCAAAACCUACAGUUCUAAGUACAUGGCCGAUUUAGACGGAUUCAGAAUGAUAGAUCCGGUUCCAGUGAUAGUGUAAUAUAAUAGUAAUAAACGAGACUUUGUGAUGAUGAUGUUUUGUUGUUUUAAACCAUUAUUACCUUUACUUUCUUUGUAUUAUUGGAAACACAGAGCAUCCAACUGUUGCAAUUUGAUUGAUCACAACGUUUUGUUUGUAAAAGCUUCAAAUGUUUCAAUAGUUUUUAUCCUGUCACAAGUGAAUAGAAUAGAAUGCAAACUCUGCGUGCUCCAAUAAUUUUAUUUUCGACCCAGAUAAAAGUUUCUGGAUAAGGACAAUGGGCAAAACAAACCCAGCUCCGCCAACAAUGUAAUUAGUAUGAAUCGAUAGAUCUAUGAAAAACUAGCCUUUUUUAUUAUGACACCGUAAAAAAAUAACCUGGUAGUCAAAUGAUAAGUAUGAUACCGUAAAAAAAUAUCCUGGCGGUCAAAAGAUAUAUAGGCACAUAGGCAUAAGACACAUAGGCAUAUUUAAGUAGCUAAAUAAAUUAAUUUUAUAGUACCUCCUCAUUUUAUAUUAUUAGUAACCAUAAUAAUAUGCCAUAUCGUACAAUAUAACCAGAUAUACGACAAAGCCUGUCGACCAUCCUGCGCUUGCACUUACUGAGACACUUCAAAACGUGGUUUGAAGGACUUGCAGUUGCAAAUAGUCGACUCGUCUUACUUUGUUGUGAUUGUGCGCUCCCUGUCACUUGAUUGAUUUUUUUCUAACACGCUUUGGACAUUGGAACACGAUAAUCGGUUUUGUCAAUUACUAUGGAUGAACUAGAAUCAUGUUUUCUCCGAAGAUUGGACAAGUUUGUGUGAUUUGUGAUCGCUCCGUUUUACAUACGUAGAAGAUAAUUUACUAUAACGAACAGAAUGCUUGAAAAAAACUCCAACCCAUGCAGGGAUUUUUGGAUUUACUCUAGCGCGGCAGAAUAACAUAAGGACCUUGCACCUUGUGAAGUACUCCCAUAAUACCUAAGCCCCCUAUGUUGGGUCGAACUAACUAACUAAAUUAAUUCCCUUGUUUCAUUAAUGUUCGUUCGUUAUAGUACUUGUACCUAUUUACCUUAAAAUAACUAAAGACCCACGGGAUGGAAUUUGAUGCGCUUUGGCACAGAUGAUCAGGACUAUAUGACUAUAUUACCUUUCAAAUAAAUGUAGUUUAAGCAGUGGCGGACGUGGGUGUCCAGCGUCCAUACAUAUUUGCCCAAUGUCCUUUUAUCUUAUUAUUAUAAGGAUGAUAUAAAAGGUUUUUAAUGAAAAUUUAAUGAGAAUUUAAAUCGUCUAUUAGGACAAAAUGAGAGAACUAAAAAUAGUCUAUAUAUAUAAAAUCAGUAGAGGUGAAUUUGAGAAAAAAGGUUAUUAACGAGUCAAUCUUAAAAGCGGAAUUACUUCAUCAAAAGUAUUAUUUCUAUUUAUUAAUUUUUGCCAUGAUUUGUGAACGAUAUACAGUGAAAUGCAUUGUUUUUAUAGACGUAUGAUUUUUGAAGAAAGCUAAUAUUCCAUUCCUAUUUGGGAUUCCCGCGUGAACAUCAUCUAUUUUUUGAGUAAUAAAUUAAAAGAUUAAAUAUAGACAGUCAAAAAAAAAACUAUGUUUUUAAGCUGUCGCUGUUUAGAUGCUUCACGUGUUGUUCAUUGCCAGGAAAAUAUGACAGGUGCAUGAUCGACGCUUGUGAAAACAAUCGGGAACCGGAAGUUUUCAUCGUGAAGGCACAUUUCGAUGAACGUCCAUUUAGACAGACAUCCAAUUUCCGAUCUUUCAUCGAUUACGCAUCAAAAAUGAAAGCAAAAAUUAACCGUCUAAUUCCGCUUUUAAAAGUAAGACCUAUUCAUUUUAUAGAACUCCGAAAAGGAAGAAUUUCCGAUAUUAUUAGUUCACGAGUUUUGUGUAAAGAUUAACUUAACAAAAUAUUUGUUUUAUUUUUUUUUUAUUUUUCGAGCAUUUAACUGCUAGAUGUUUAAAGCUAAAGAAAAAUUUUAAUAGAAAAAAAAUUGGUCAGUUCAUUCGCCCGGAUUACGAAGGGUGCGGGUUCGAGUCCCGUCUGCUGCCUGGUCCGCGUGGAUUUUUUUGUAUUAAAACUUUCCUUUAGAUUUAAACCUGUAGCAGUUAAAUGCUUAAAAAAAACAUAAUUAUAAAUGCUAUUUCUUCUUUCAAAUAUUUAAUACUUGAAAAAGUAUUCAUUUGACAUUGUGGGUUACCUACAAUGCGAAGAGAUGGCGCUGCCUUGCAGCUUAAGGAUAGGAAAAUUUCGACGCGGACAUCAGGGCCGCGGUAGCAUAACUGGUCAGUGCAUUCGCCCUGAUUGCGUAGGGUGCGGGCUCGAGUCCCGUCUGAUGUCUGGUCCGCGUGGAUGUUUUUCAAUUAAAACUUUUCUUUAGAUUUAACAAAAUAUUAUUUUAUUUAAUCUGCGACAUGUAGCCUAUGAUCCAUCAGAAUAAUAUACCUAGUUAUGGUGGUUCUGUGAAAAUGUUGACUUCUUGGAAAGGGUUGUUCACCAAACGUGUAAUGAUUAAGUUUACAUAAUAUGAAGUUUCGCUUACUACACCAUAAUUUCUAAUAUAAACAUAAUAUUUAGUGUUGAAUUCUAUGAUUAAAUGAAAUUAGAGUAUUAUUCUUUAAAACGAUAUUUUUUUUUACGAUGGAUAGUAAAUGAACAUGUUUUAUAUAUUUUUAAAAGACAUAAUUCGCACUGAGUACCUAUUUUCACUAUCGUUUUCUAUAUUAAGCAGUAAGUUUUGUUCUGGGAAACUUACCUUAGUUCUAAAAACGAAAUUGUUCUUGGGCAACUGAGACUAACUUCCAAUAAAACAUUUAAAAGAAUACAAGAAGACGAGGAAAAAUUAAACAUGAUCAUGCCCACGAAGUUAGUAUAAAUGCGCUGUUAGUUAGCAAUCUAUGCUUGAUUUGUUUUAGAUUAUUUUUACAGUUACUCUGAGGUGCUUUAAUUACUAUAUAAAGGUGAUAUCAGUAUCCACAUCUACAUUGUAGUGUAGCUGACAGCUAUAAGGUAUGUAAGUAAAGAUAUUCAUCGUUAAUUUAAAUUGAUUUUAAAUGAGUAUAUAUAUAUAUAUAUAUUUUUUUUCAGAUGUUGUUUCUUGGUAUACUGUGUUUGGCGGUUGGAACUUUAGGCCAUCCCACAUUGUUUGUGCCUCAAGCAAACUUGGAGUCAGGCUUAUACUAUCCAUCGCUGGCAAUAGUUAAGGCAGAUGAAAAACCGGUACCAGGUAUACCAGAAGCCCCUAAAUUGGUGCCAUUGCCACUGGUCAAGGCGUUAACUGUCGAAGAAUUAAAGGAGGACGACUUGAAACCCGAACUGGUUGAACUGGUAGAGGAGAAAUUGGAAGAGGAAAACAAUGGGGUUGAAGUGGGAGAGUGGAAAUUGGAAGAGGAAAACGAUGGGGAUGAAGUGGCAGAGGAGAAAUUGGAAGAGGAAAGCGAUGGGGAUGAAGUGGUAGAGGAGAAAUUGGAAGAGGAAAACGAUGGGGAUGAAGUGGAAGAGGAGAAAUUGGAAGACGAAAACGAAGGUGUUGAGGUAAUAGAGGAAAACUUUGAAGAGGACAAAGAACAAAACGAGGAAGAGGUCAAAGAUGAAGUGGUAGAAACAGAUAAAGAGGGAGAAUUUGAAAUUGAAAAACAUGCUAAAGAGGAAAAACCGGAAGUACCGAAAAAGCCUGUAGUUGUUAAACUUGAGGUCCCAAAUAUACCUGAAUUUAUUACCAACUGGUGGACAAAUAGACCUUUCACGUCUCCGCAUAUCAGCUUACCUCAAAUCAAUUUCCCAUUUAGUUUGCCGAAUAUCUUCUCCAAGCCGCCACCCACAUCCGUGCCAGCAAUAGAAACAGCUAGAUAUCGCAUCAGUUACGAUUUACCUACCUACUAUAUCGAUACCCCACGCUAUCGCAUCAUUGCAAAGAAAUAGUAAAAGAAACACCAAAAUAUUAAAACGUGUAGCAACUUAACCAUCCUUUUUUUUAAUUGCCUGAUCUUGCAAUAAAUUAUGGUGAAUUAAAUAAUAAUCAUCAUCAUCAUCAGCUUAUUAAUGUCCCCACUGCUGGGGCAUAGGCCUUCCCUAUGGAUGGAAUAGGGAGACUGGGCCAUGGCAUACUACACGGGCCCCGUGCAGAUUGGCGGGUGCUAACGACUGCAGAUGCAGCCGGGACCAACGGCCUAAUGUGCCUUCUGAAGCACGGAGGAACUCGAGAUAGAAGAUUUUUGGUCACCCAUCCAAUGACCGACCACUGCGAAAGUUGUUUAACUUCAACGAUCGUAGCCGAACGCGCUAACCACCUGCGCCAUCGAGCUCCUCUUAAUCAUAAUAAAGGUAUCAAUUCUGUCAUAAUUCUCUAAACCUAAACUUAAAUUUGACAACAGUGUAUCCUUGGCAUUCUCUGUACAGAAUGAAAAGGAGAGACUGAUGUUAAAUUUACUUUUAAGUAUAGAGAAUCACGCCGGAAUCUACACCAAUAAUUAGUCAGUGCAUUCGCCCGGAUAGAGAAGGGUGCGGUUUCGAGUCCCGUCUGCUGCCUGGUCCGCGUGGAUUUUUUUCUAGUUAUAUUUUCUUUAGAUUUUAACAUCAAGCAGUUACAUACUUAAAAAAUAAAAAAUGAAAAUAUAUAUUGAUUUCUGUUUAUAUGCCAGCUCCUCAUUUGAGCAUCUAUACCAUUCAGUGACCCAUUCGAAUGCACACAAAAAUUAUAUACGACUAUUUAUAAACAGUAUCAGAUUCUACCAGUGGGCUAAACGAACUGAUAAAAAAAGUUUCUAUCUGUAAGUUAGUUCCACAGGAUAGGGAAUAGAGUCAAAUCGAGGUAGGCGACGCGCGAGUAAUAAUACUCUGGUAUCACAAGCGUCUACAAGUGUUCGUGUUCACGUACUAUUAGGCAAGCCAUACGCUUGUACGUCACAGUUUUUCACAUACAAAUAAUAUAAUGAGGGGGAAAGAAAUCUAUAAGUAUUAGUAAGAAUAAUUUUGCAAGCCAGCUAUCUCUGCGAUUCCUGCUAUUUGAACCAUUUAAGUAAAUACCCUUUUUUACCCGACUGCGCGAUGCAAGAGCGCGAAGCGCGACGCGCAGUCAGGGUAUAGUGUUUAACAGUCUAUAUAUGUAUGUUUGUUCCUUUGUGGCACACUAGAGACCAAAACCCUGGACCGAUUUUGAUAAUUCAUACAUCAAUCGAUUCGUCUCAAUCAUGGCAGUGCUACUAAAGAUAUGAUAGUAAUUAAAAUUCAAUUUGGCAAAAUUAGGCGCCAUAUUGUGACGAAGUAAAAAAAAAUAAGUUGACAAAAUAUGUCGAGUGGGGUAUCACUGUCUAGUUAAUCGAAAAUCAUGUUUAGGUUCCUAACACCAUUUUUAAUUUUAUAUGAUUGUUUAGGAUCUACAACGCUUUAAAGUUGUAUAUUAACCACUUGCGCCUUUAAUUUCAAUCUUACGUUUGUAUGGAUCUUUUUUACACUUUUACCUAAAAAAUACUGAAUGGAUUUUAAUGAAACCUAACACUAAUAUAGCUCAUAUAUGAUAAUAACAUGUAUAUAAUAAUUUAUGUAGUUAUUGAGUGAAUUGGCCAAAAUAUAACAAUAAGUGUCACAUAAGACGGAUAAAAAUCUCCCAUCUGCCAGCUAUUUUGGCUUGCACUGCAAAAACAAUUAUGUCACAUGAAUGUAAUGUAGAAUGAAAAUGUAACUUAAAUAGUUUUAAAAAAAGUCCGUGACACCAUAUAUCUAUUUUUAAUGUGUAAGCCAUUACCGCUAAAAUAGUGAAUCAAAACUAAAAUAUUAUUUGAUAUCUAUUUCCAAAAUACACAUUUUGUAUUAACAAAUUAUUUUUUAUCAAAACAAAUACUUUUAUCGCUUUUGAUAUUUAAAGACGAUAAACUUUGCCUUUACACUAUGUCAUUUCGACUAAUAUUUAAAAAGUUACAACGAUGACAAAGUGAUAGCGCGGUGUACUAUGUAGACUGCGGGAAUACUAAGAGAAGAAAUUUAAUUUAGGUGUUUAUAAACGUGGGUAAAACCUAGGCGAAAUUGAAAAAAGGGGCUACUCGCAGUAUCUGAUCCUAUACGAAGUACUUACAAUAAAACUGUGAUACAGUUCCUUCUUAUUAAAUGAUGAAAAAUAAAUGAUCAUAAUAGGUAUUUAUGAUUAUUGAAUUUUAAUGAAAAACUCAGAAUUAUACUGUUUUUUUUAAACGAUAUUACUUAUUGUUACAAAAAUGGUUUACUUAAUAUAAUGACAAAUAACCCAGUUUUCGCUAGUAGGGACAUACUUAUUGGAAUCCGAAAAACGAUAAUUCUGCAAAAUUCAAAGUAAAUAAUAUAGAAUUUUUAUAGAUAAACCCCUUUCAUCACCCUACGCCUAUAAGUAUUGCGAUGUUGUAGCUAAGAACCAAGUUCCCAUCUACUUCUGUAAGGGAAUUCAUUAUAAUCGAUUUAGCUAUUAGGGCGCGGAAGCGCAACAAACAAACUCACUUUCGCAUCUAUAAUACUAUAGUAUAGAUAGUUAGGAUAAUAGUAUUUAAUUGAUGAAAAAGAUUUAAAAAUAAAGUAAGUAAUAGGUUUAUUUGAUUAUAUUUGUAAAAGUUACUUAGCAUUUGUACUUAAAAGUGAAACGUUAUUCGGUAUUUUUUUUUUACAAAAAAAUAUUUGGAAAAUAAUUGCCAUGAUUGCACUAUUUGCAAUAACUACUAGGCUGGUAGCAGCACGCUUGAUAGGUGGAAGUAUUCUUCAUUCGAGAUUUAUACUACUAAUAAAAAAGGGUCGAUCAUAAAGUCUCACUUUAAAAGAAAACUACAAAGAGAACUAUAAAUUGAUAAUAAAUGAGAUUGCUAUGGUGCUCUACCUAACGUUAUGAAAAUCUUAUUAUGCGCCUUUAGUUUAAUCAAAUAUUAUAAACUUUGCUUUGGUGAUUGCAUAAUUAUUUAAUUUAGCGAUCUAAGGCAGUUGCCACCAUUGUCCAAAACAACAGACGAGAAUUACUGCUUUCUUCUUAUAGCGACAUAAACGUCAUUGAUUGGUAUUGUAUAAAGGGUGAUUAACAACAUUUGAAAUUAACUUCUGGCAUCUACAUAUUGGGUUUCUGUGAAUUAUGUAGGUAUAUCAAAUUGAGAGAAAUGAGACUAGGAUAUGACACUGCAUUUGUGUAUAUCACAAUCCGAGAGCCGGACGUUGACAUGACAAUGCAGCCACUGCCAAUUUCAAAUAGUCGACGAAUAAAAGUAAAUGAAUAUUAAUUUACUGCUAAACUACUAAAAAGAACAUAAAGAAAAGAUGACUUUUUAAAUAAGUGCUAGUUUACUAUAAAAUUUACAUACAUUAGAUAUUUAUGUAACGACUUGAUUUAAUUUCACAUAUUUUUGCAGAAAUUGAGGCCCAUCUGUAGCCUUGACCCCGCUGCGCUGGUAAAGUCUUUUUAAGUCUUAAUAUAUCAAUCUUUUAGACCACCGGAAGGUACUUAAUAAUUCCCGCGAUAUUAAUUCCCUUACUGAAGUAACAAGACUACGGUAUAUACCGUCUUAAAAUAUUGGUAUCGAUUCUGGCGUGAUUCUCUAAACUUAAAACUAAAUUUAACAUCAGUCUCUCCUUUUCAUUCUGUAUUGAGAAUGACAAGGAUACACUGUUGUCAAAUUUAACUUUAGAUUAAGAGAAUCAUGCCAGAAUCGACACCACUAUCUAACUAAAAAGUGUGAAAUAAAAAAGGUAAAUUUAAAAAAUCAAAAAACCCGACUGCUUAAUUAUACUUCAAAUAAAAACUGAAAAUAAAAAAACAAGUCCAGUAGUCUAUAAUUCUGUUAAUAAGGUACAAAGGUACUUUAACAGUCGGGACCCAUUAUUGAAAAAUAUUAUGUAUUCAUGAAUAUCUAAUGGGUCCCGAUUAAUUUUCAUGUUUAUUUACCGAAAGCGUCGCCGUGCCACGGCGAUAAUGUAGGAAAAGCUGACGGUGGGUUGUUAAAAUUUUGAACUGGGACCGAGGCAACUGUAGUGGUCGAGACUACAGGCAGGGGCGCAGGAACCGUCACAUCAGCCCAAUCGAACUUAUGGCUACCUCUGCUCUUAGGGCGCACAAACUCUUCCGCUGACAUAGGUUGCCGAAAAGGCUGCUGGGCAGGGAGACUCGGCUCGUAAUACUCUGAACGAUGCUUACUUGGCAUCUGCUGUGGCAGUGCUUGUUGACCAAGACUAGACAAGUCCAUCCACUUAGGCAUCGUCGGCGCAGGAGGUAAAGUCGCCGGUAAGUGAGAAGCCAUCGGACCCCAUUUGCUAGGAUCAUAAGGCACGGGCGGAGCGGUCGUAAAUGAUUGUCUCACUUCAGGAAAAUUUGUCGGUACCGGCACAGGUGUAGUUCUAGGGCGUCCCAUGUAUUGUCUGAGGUUUUCGUCUCUUCGUUCCACUUGCGGCGGUUGGUCGAUGCGUCUCUGUUCGAAGUUGAAGAAUAACCGAUCGGGGGGUGGGCCUUUGUGAGAUAUGUCUCUAUUGUAAAUGUCGUCAUUGAUAUCCAUUGGUCUAUUCGAAGGGUACUGGCCGUCUUCAUAUUGUUGAGCAAAAACUGCUGUGGCAAGCAGCAAGAUUAUUGAAAGGCCCCACAUUUUCUGUAAAAAAGAUGAUUAAAUUUCUAAGAUAUUAUAACUUUACCAAUUGCUUAAAAAGAAAAAAAAAUGUGUGGAUGUUUACCUUUUCUGAUACGAACGUACACUGUGAAAGUUCGAUUUCGCAUUACCUUUAUAUACUUUAAUGCAGGCAAAUACAUUUCGUAUACCUACUAAUAAACAACAUUUAACAUUGUUUGACAGGUUUUCGGUUAUUACGGGCAAAUUAGGAAUUUAUUAUUCUAUGGUAUUAUGACAUCGAUUUAUUCGCAAUUAGGUUGGAAUAAUAUGUAGUUAUUAUUAUACAAAGAUCACUUGUUGUUAAAACAAUUAAUUUAUUACUCACAAAUAAUUAAAUAACAAUUAGUCUUCAUAAACAUGGUGCAAAGAAAAUAUAGAUAGAAUAAUUAUUAUGAGUUACACAGUGAAAUAAAUUACACAUUUUCUAAUUCUACUUAAAGUAUAUUAAGACAAGUUUUUUUUAAUUAAUACCCCAGUGUAGUCACUGCAACAAGUUGACAUUAGAAUGUUGACAUUACUUUAAUAACAUUGUUUAGGUAAAUGACAAGUUAUCGCAGUAACUUUUUAACAUUCACCUCAGAGUUAGAAAAAUAUUUGAUAUAAUUUUUACUAUUAAUAUACUUUCAAAACAUCGUAUAUGUAUUUGUAAUGAGGACAGAAUUUCUUGUAUGAAUAGGUAGCAUUGAUUUACAGGUAGAUUUUAUUUUGUGAAGUCAACUAAUUGUCUGAUUUGUUAAUGGAAAUUCUACAGUCCUUCCGAAAGAACUCUAUUCAAACUUUAUCUCUUUUAAGUAUUCAUUUAAAUAAGAGCUAUUUAAUUUAUUUGAAAAAGGCUUUACUAAUACUUGAGCACCUACGCUCAAACUUUAAAAGGAGAUCAUUUUGUGAUAGUAUGAGGUUCAAUGUCCGUCUACCUACAAUAUAGUCUAGUAACGACCAGUUCCUUAAAGUUUAUAGCUAAUUCAGAAUAAUUUUGCUACAUUAUACAAAGGUAUAAUAAAUUAAUAUCCGCAAGUAAUAUCCGUAGAAAGUAUAUUAACUAACUUAUUAAAGAUACUUAAAACUAUUUGCGUAACUGCACAAUGGCACUGAACUUGAUGGUCCACAUAAGAAGAUCUUAUAAAUAAAACUUAAUAAAUGUUAAACUCUUGAUAAAGGAAUUAUGUAAUGUCAUAUAAAUCAUAUCCACUUAGGUAAACAAUGGCUAAGAAGUUCGCUUCGUUCGAUUAGAAUAAGUCGUUUUGCCUCCAUUUUACACAUAGCUAAAAAUACUGAUCUUUCUCAUAAUAAAUACACAGGUAACUUUAACGUAGAUAUACAACAUGAGGAAGUUUUCAAUCGAUUGGUCUUGGAUCAUACGGAGUCGCGUUAUGACCCACGUAUCUAUUAUUUUUUCGAAUUUGGAAACCUUCACCCGGUGCCGUAUUGUAAUAAAUAACCCUACGGAUACCAAACGGAUCAACAUAUCCGAAGCUGCCCGUUUUAUCGUUCGCUGGUCCAGUCUCCUCUUCGUGAUAUUGUUUCGGAAGAUAAUAUCGGAAACCGUUUCUCCUAAAAGCUACGCCGUCAUAUCCAGGGAACUGUGGUGUGUAACCAUUUCCAAUUCGAUACGAAGGCUGAUGUUGUCUUUGGAGCCAUGCGUCUGAAUGUCUAUAAGAAUUCGGAUUGUACACAUCAUACCGCCUGCUAUCGCUUGCGUAAUAGCCAUCAUCAACCGUAUUGGUGUUUGACGAAUCAAAGUCGUACGGACUAGACGAUGGUGUCGCUUCGCUAGCUGUAAUUGGCGACACUGUUGGUCUGAAGUCGUAUUGUGGCGUCGACGAAUCGAUAGAGUUGGGAGAGACAUAGACGUUUGGAGUUGAAGAUGGACUCGAGUAAGACCUCGGUGGUGGGGUAAUGGACACUACAGAAGGGAAAUGUGGUGGCGCGAGAGUAGAGGAAGGCAAAUAGGGUGUUUGUGUGGUUGAGGUGACAAUUGAAGGUCCACCAGUACGCUGUACCGCAGGUGCAGGUGUUACCCCGUAUCCAGAAUCAGUUGGAGCUGUUUUUGCAAUCUUUAUUGACUCCUGCAAAUAAAAAAAAGGCAACUGAGAAAAGGACAUAGACGAAAUCGGCCCUAGCAUGCCCAAAAGAAAGUCCUUCACUAUUAAUUUUCUAUUAUUUUUUUAACUUAUUAGCAAUUAAUCAUAGUAAACGGACGAUCUGUUUAAAAAAAUAAAAAAUAAUAGUUCUGUUACUAGAUACUACAGUCUGUUCAUCCAACUUGUCCUAUUUGGUAAACAACCUUGGCACUCCUUUUUAUUGAAAAUACAGCAUUAAAAAUCAACUGAUAACUAGAUUCGAUAGGUUUCAGUCUAUAAUAACGAUUUAUUUUAAUAGUGCUUCGUUAAUAUUUUAUUUUUAAAUGGGUGAUUUUGUUAAAAAGUUGUGCCAAGAUUGUUUACCUUAAUAAAUGCAAUAUAGGCGACCAUAGGUAUUUAUCAACAUAAGAAUAGAACUAGGUACCUUAGUUAAUCCUUAGUUAAUAAUACUUAUCACUAGUAUUUAUAUUAUAUUUAUUAAAAGAUUAUUUCUGAAAUUAUGUAAAGAUAGUUUAUACUCCCAUCCCAUGUAAUAUAUCUCUUUAUUUUUAGAAAAUCAUAAUGAUAACCAGGUACAUACCUAAUAUAGAAACAGAUAAAUGGAAAGACUUUGAACAUUUCAUUUGAAAAGAAAUCUAUUAUUACUACAGUUAGAUAUAGGUAUCAUAGGUGCCAACUGCCAACACUCAUAAAUCAAUAUGAAUAUAAGCAUUUAUUAUUUUUAUUAUUAAUUGCAUUUUAUGUUCAUUUAAUGCAUAUUAUUUAAGUGCUUACAUAGAGGUAAACACUAAAUCUAUUCAGAAUAAAUAAAGUGUACAUCUUUUACCAUUAAGUAUAAUAAUUAUAACCUCAAAAUCUAUUACAUUCUGUAGAAGGCCACGGCACGGUAAUAUUAUCUAUACAGUAUUGUGACUCCGCCCUGUCCUUGAAAUAAAUGCCUACGGCCGAGCGCUGCGUUAGCACGCGGUAGGGCCGCCCGCCUACAGUAUUUUAUGUAGUUUUGUUUUUAACACGAGUGUAGGUAGAUUACUCGUUUGUCUCUUUUUUCACCCUUACCAGUUACCACUUAUUUAUAUAUUAUUCCAGAUAUUUUGCCCGAUGGAAAAAUCGCAAUAUCUAAAUAUUAGAAACAAAUUACGUACUAGUAGAUAGGUAUAUAAAAAAUAUUUUAUAAAGGUAAGACACCUUUCCAAUAUUUCAGGUAAUUUAAAAAAUGAAAUCUCUGGGUGUGUUAUUGAAGAGUUCAAGCAACCAAAAAUAGCAAUUGUGCUGUUGUACGAUAUUGAUCGUCGUUUGUUCUUUUUCAUACUAAAUUAUGUAGGUAUCUACUUAAUUAAAUCAAAU